CUCUGCUCUGCUCUUAGUAGUAACUAACGUGUGUCACCACUCUCUCUCUCUCUCUCUCUCUCACACACACACACACACACUCUGCUAUGGAUUUCUUUGCAAAACCUGAAACCUCCUACUGGUUUUGUAACGAUCAAUCUCAACAAAACGACACAGACAAAAUCAUGGAUAUUACACCAUAUGAUGAUUUCGUCAACAUUGAUUGGGCAAAUCAUUUUUCAUACCAAAGUAACAAACUUUUUCUCAAUGAGUUCCAUGAUCUUGAAAAUUUCAACUUUGAUUUCAACCUUCCAAACCUUGAUGAAAAUCUUGAGGUAGAACAAAAACCCACCAAUGUUGUUUUUCCUGAAUUGGUUCAUAAUACUGAAAAAGUUGAAAGUGUUUGUGAAAGUGCUUUUUCUGAAACUUCAGAGAAAGUUGGAAAAGGUUUAAUGAGUUUUGUGAAGAAAGAGGAGGAAUGGGAGAAUCAAGAUUCACCAUUAAUCCCUUUGACAUUGCCUAGUAGUAAUGUCAUUAUGAAAAAGAAGUCAUCUUUAUUACAAUUUGAUGAGAUUAAGGAACAUUUUGAUGUUCCUAUAACAAUGGCUGCUAAGAAAAUGAAUAUUGGGGUUACCCUUUUGAAGAGGAGGUGUAGGGAACUCAAUAUCAAUAGGUGGCCUCACAGAAAAUUGAAGAGCUUGAUGCUCCUCAUUGACAACCUUAAGGAAAUGGGUUUGGAAGAUGAGGUUGCAAUGUUGGAGAAGGAAAAAAAGAUGUUGGAGGAAAUACCAGGAAUGGAAUUGAAUGCAGAAAUCAAGAAAUUAAGGCAAUCAUUUUUUAAAGCUAAUUACAAGAAGAGAAGAUCAAAUACUUUCCAUCCUUAAACUUCAUCAAUGUU